AUGCCAGGUCCUACUACUGUUGCCGUUGUUGGCGGUGGCAUUUCUGGUCUUUCCGCUGCUUUUUAUCUGUCAAAACUCGCACCUGCCACCACCAAGAUUCUCCUCAUUGAGGGCACUAAUCGCGUUGGAGGUUGGAUUCGCAGUCGUCGUAUAGCGCCCGGUCACUACUCGUCGCCACCUUUCAGGGAAGCCCACGAGAAAGACGACAAUGCAAUUCUGGUUGAAGCAGGUCCUCGAUCGUUACGACCAGGAGGUCCCGCCGGAGCUAUUAUGCUGGAAAUGAUUCGUGAUCUCGGCCUAAAAGAUGCAUUAUUAUAUGUCCCAAAAACGCAUCCUUCGGCAAAACACCGCUACAUCUAUUACGAUGGGAAAAUUAAUACUUUACCAAGCUCUCUUUCGGAAUUUCUGUUCAAAAGGCCUCCCAUCUUCAAGUCGGUUAUGUCAGCCGGCCUCUGUGAACCUUUUAUCCCCAAAAAGACGUUUCCAGAAGGUCAAGAUGACGAUGAAUCACUAUAUGACUUUAUGGUCCGCCGUUUCAACAAACACUGCGCUCUCAACCUUAUGGGUGCAUUAGCCCAUGGUGUUUAUGCCGGUGAUGUAAAGCAACUGUCUUUGAAAUCGACUUUUCGUGUGUUGUACGAAGCGGAAAGAGCCAAAGGAAGCGUUGUCCGCGGCAUGGCAUCUGGGGCUGGAAAAUCCUACAGUUUUCGAGAAAGAGGAAUGGCGGCCCGUGCUCGACAAGAGGACCCAGAAUGGUUUGCUUCCACUGAAGACAUGAGUGUCAUUGGACUCAAAGAUGGUAUGGAAUCCGUGACACUGCAGCUUCGGGCUUGGCUAGAGAAUCAGGGGAACGUGCAGAUUAUUACCGAUGAACCUGUGCAGCAAAUUUCCCGCAGCGACAACGAUAAAGAAAUCAAGAUCACAACGACAAAAUCCGAAUUUUAUGCUGAGCAUGCCAUUGCGGCUGUACCUUCCAUUGGUCUGGACAAGUUGUUGGCACCGGGGGAAAUCCCUUUUUUGGCACAUAAUCCGUCGGCUGAUGUGGCGGUUGUCAAUGUAGCCUAUCCUGCCGACAUUCCAUUCUCGUUUGAUGGUUUUGGUUUCCUCACGCCACACAAAGAUUCCAAAUCGAAAAUACCCGUGCCUGGCACGUUGGGUGUCAUUUUUGACUCAAAUGCUCUUCCUGGUCAAGAUCCACACCGCUCAGAUGUGAUCAAGUUCACAGCCAUGAUCGGUGGUUCAGAUUACAAUGAAGCGUUUCAAGUUCCUAUUACGCAGCUUGAUCCAAGCGCGGCCUAUGAUCAUACGCUCAACAUCAUGAAGUCUUUCCUCGGCAUUGAUACUCAACCUACCCAUUCCAUGGUCAAUCUGCUUCCUCGCUGUAUUCCACAGUAUCUGGUGGGUCAUGAACGACGCUUAACUGCCAUGCAUCAAGCUCUUCAGCAGCAUUACGGUCAUCUAAUGAGUGUCACUGGUGCAAGUUAUUUGGGGGUCAGUGUGCCCGAUUGCAUUAAAAAUAGCCGAGCGCUUGUGGAGGAAUUACUUGUAUCAGGUGCAUUGGGCACCAAAGACAAGAUUGUCACCGGCCUUGGAUCCGCGGUCGAAGGCAAAAGUCGUCAAGAAAUGGUAGACAGUUCUCGCAUAAGCAAAAGUCAUGUUGAUAUUUUAAUGAAGGCAUAA